CAGGUACUCGACGACCUCGAUGAAGACUUGGCGGAAUUUGAAGAAUUCGACGAUUCGGAUGAAACGUCAUCUUCCCGGGUAAUUUUCUCGGCUAUGCUUAGAGACCGCAGAGCCACGCCCCUUUUUGCGAUGGUGAAAUGCACUGGUUUUUUAGAUUUCGUGUUUGAUGUUUUCGUAAAAGCGCAAUACUGAAUCAAACACAGAGAAAUUUGGUGGAAACAUAGAGAAAACCUUCCUCUUCAAUCUCAUAUACUUUUCAUCCGAUUUUCAAAGCGUUUUAGCGGAGCGUCGUACAAAAAAACCAAAACUACUUUUUUUCUUCGGGUUUUUUUAACCUAGUUCCAUGUCGUUGGCGCCUUUUUUUAUUUUUCGAAUUCGAUUCUUAAGUGAAAAAAACAAAUCUUUUUAAGACAAAAAAAUUAAAAAUUUUUUUACGGUGCCUAAUCUUCGUGAGGCCGCGCAAAGUUGAAAAUGUUGUACUCGCUUUCGAGAGCGUGUAAGUAAACAAUUUUUUUAUUUUUAACUUGUGGAUUAAAUUGUAACUAAAAUUUUAUUAAUAUAAAACUUAUUCCGAAAAACUUUGUUUUUCUGAGAAAAAAAGACAGUGAAAAUUUCGAAAUUCAUUUUUAACAUGGUCAGAUGUCGUUGGCGCCUUUUUUUAUUUCUUAAAUAUUAGCGUAUUUCAAUUUUUCAAUCAAUUAAAAAAAUAAAAUAAAAAAAUUUUUAGCGGUGCCUAAAAAGUUUAAUCAGUGUUAGUUUGAAGCCAACGUUAAAAUAAGAAAAAAACACCGAAAACGGAAGCAUUUUGAACUGAAUCUCUAUGAAUAAAUUAUUUUUAGGUGCUCCGAACACACGUGACUAAUAAUUGUUCAACUAUCAUAACUUUUUUUAAAAACAAAACAGACGGUAAAUGCUGUACUUUGAGGUGAAGUGGUGUAUAGCGCAAACGCCUCCCAUCCCCGAGGGAUGGACGUGGAGCAGCGCAAGUGCCCUUGCAUACAGUUUUUGAUAUCGCGAGUUCAAUCCUCGCAGCGGCCAUUUUUUUAUUUUUUUCAAGAAAAAAAUAGCUUUUUCUUUUUCAAACUUGUGGUUUUAUACUGUUUUUAAUGACUUAUUACGACUUUGAAAACCAAACUAAACUACUAAAAAAAAUUUAAAUCCGAUAUGAAAAACAAAAUGAACCACCAAAAAGUGUAAAAAUCUAAACUUUCAGUACUAAAUUUCGCGACUUUUUUUCACUACUGUUUUUGACCAUAACUUUUUUUCUCAACCUUUUUUCGAAAAAAACUAAACUGUUUUUGAAUAGUAAAUUAGAGCAGCUAUCCAACCAUAGUAAUAUUGAAGUUCGAAAAAUUUUUUGAAAAUUCGUCUGCGGUCCCUAGCUAUGCUUUAUGAAUUUAUCAGUGGAUUCACUUGACUGUGAAAUACAAGCUAUUUCCUUGAACCACUCGUUAAGAUACCUGUGGAACUUCCUGAGUCUUCAUUUUUGCCGUGUUUUGAAAACCUCCGAAAUUUUGAGGAAAUGGAAGUUUUUAAUAUCUGAACAGGGAAUGGUCUCAACUCACAGCUGGGCUUCUGAAUUAGACCAUGUUUUCUAGAUAUAGAUUUAAGCUGACAUUAAAUCGAUCUCAAAAGCUGCCACAUAGGUCUGUGCAAAAUUUUAUGGACCCACCCUAAAAAACUACCUCUAGAAAACAUGGUCUCAAUAGAAGUCCCACUUUGAGCUGAGAUAAUUCCCUGCUGAGCUCCUAUAGGAGAGAAUUAAUCAAUUCUGAUGAACUGUAGAAAUAUUUUCUAAUAUUUUCCAUAAUAUUUGAUUUACCUGACUUGAAGCUACUCACGGCGUUCCCAAACGGGUUGAGUCACCGCCAAAAAAAUUUUGGCGCGAAAAUUCGAAUCUCGAGUAAGCAGCAAAAAAACAGACGUUAAUAACGCUGAAUACUCAGUAUAAUUUGUGACGUAGAAUGACGUAAUUCCAUCCGGAGGGCGCAAUUACCUAUUUUUAAAGAUUAAUAAACUUCUCCCAUUAGGAAUGCCGUGUGAGAUGAUAAAAGCUGGGAAUUUUUUCCUGAAAAAAACGAAUUCAAAUCAAUCGGUUCCAACGAAAGGAGAACGAAAGGUGGUAUUAAAAACUCAUUUUUGAAGAUUUAUCAAAUUUUCUUAUGACUUUUCACUUUAUUAUGAAGUAACUGAAAAUGAAUAAAAUACAAGAAAGUCAUAUUUAAUUUCAAAAAGGGUGUUCUUACCUAGGUUUUUCUCUUUUUAUUCAUUGAAAAGGAAAUUUUUAAGGCAACGGACGAGCUCGUGGCGGACAUCCGCCUCUUGUUCGAACUGGAGGCGGACGAGGAGUUCGACGUGGAGGACGAGGAAGACUCCGAGGUCGGUUUUUCGAAUCCUUUUCCUUUUGUCUUUUAGCUACCCGAAAAAGAAAACGUUCCCUAGUUAGAAAAUUUCAUCUCUAAAAUCUAAACAGAAUUUCCAAGAAAAAAUUCAUUCAGGACGAGUCCGAGGACUCUUUCUUCUUCAGCGAAAGGAGGUGCCGCUGAGUCGAGGCCGUAGCGCUUGA